AUGUCAGAGGCGCAGGCGAGAAAGAGCAAAAUCACGGACGAGAAGCUAGGUGAACAAUACAGGGACAAGGCUUUCUCUCCUCCCACUCACUACACUCUCGCAAAAGCCGUCAAUUUUGCCAGUAUUCGAAAGAGGAUGUUCGCGAAGCGAGAGCAAUCUCGAUCAGACACAAUCAAAGACACCAAGGACACGACCAAAGACACCAAGGACACAACCAAAGACCCCAAGGACGAGAAAGACGACAGCAUUUACGCGAAUGACGCCGAUCUCCUCCGAGACUUACUGCCAACUGCGGUGGAACAAGAGAAGUUCUGGUUAUGGGUACACACGGAAGACAAGUUGGCCCGAACAAUGCCUGAAGCCAGAGAGGCCAAGGAAUACUUCAACGCUCUCGCCCACACUGAUUAUUCCAACGAGUCAUCUCUGAGACAACUAUUCGCAGUGCUCCAAGCAUACGCCUAUCCUUACAUACCCGCCGGGUCUCACAACGAUUACCGCUAUCGCCUCAACCCGUCCCUGACCACACUAGGACCCGAUGACGACCGAACCGACUUCGAUGACACACGCGACUUUGCCGCCGAGCCUAUCAUUGCCGUAACUCUGGUGGGAAAACAGAUUAGAUGCAAGGACGAAAGAGAGGACCGCAACAGACGAAGGCGCAAAGACGAUACGGACUCGUCCUACCACAGUGAAUCCAGCACAGAAAGCAGCAUUAUGGGAAAUGACAGCACUGGAUUCGUAUGCUUUCAAAUAGGAAAGCUCCUUGCAGCCGAAGAGGAAUACUGGUCAGCAAACGGCAAACUAUCCAAGGACGAGGACGCCCCAUGGACACCGACAGACUGGGUCAUGGUCGUCGUUAUCGAUGCCGACAACACGGCCGGCGCUGUUUGGCUGCUACAGAACUUCGAGCCGACCAUCGAGAACACGUCUGAUCAGUACAUGAUCGACGAGGCGGAUCCCUACCGAUGGGGUUACUUCGAGGGCGACUUACAGAAGAGUCCCCGGCCAAUGCAACGUGGUGGUGUGAAGAUCGCGCACAAGAUCACUGACCUCUCCAAGACUUUUCAGUGGACCCAGGAUGAGUAUAUUUUGGGCAAGUACGACAUCUUGCAGGCAGUACUAGCGGAGCGUAGCGGGGAUGGGGCGCCUUUCAUCAUCAGACAAUUCCUACCGGCUAAGGCAGACGACUCGACGCCGGAUGUCUCGGGGCUGAGCUUUGGAGACGACUACUAG